UCAACUCAUCGCGAGCGUUUCUUCGUCGUCGAAAGCUGAAGCAGCUGAUUUUAGUUGAAAUGGCACUACCAAAUUCGAUGACCUUGCCCUUGUCAUCCUUCGUAUCACCUACUUUUGUAAAAAAGAGGAACUUGAUCAUUCCCAAGCAGAAACAGUUAAAGCUCGGAAAGAAGUUUUUGAAUGUUGGUGAUUCUAAAGUGAUAAGAGUACCAACAAGAGUUCAAGCUCUCAAGUCUGAUGAUGCUGAUUGGAAGAGACGGCGUGAAGCUUCUAGUGACUCUGAUGAUGAAGAGGACACACCUCCUUCAUUUGAUCAAAAUGACCCUUAUAGUAUGAGCCUUGAAGAGAGACUAGAAUGGAGGAGGAAAAUUAGAGAAGUAAUGGAUAGAAAGCCGGAAGUUCAAGAGGAGUUAGACCCUGAAGAGAAGAAGAGAAAAUUCGAAAAGCUUUUGAAUGAUUACCAGCUUGUUGUGGAAGAGGAGGAUCCUGACUGGCCUGAAGAUGCAGAUGGGCGGGGAUUCAACUUAGGGCAGUUUUUCGACAAGAUUACCAUUAAGAACACCAAAAAGGCCAAUGAUGACGACGACGACGACGAUGACAAGGAAGAAAUAGAAUGGCGAGAUGAUAAUUACAUUCGACCUAUUAAAGACAUAAAGACUGCAGAAUGGGAGGAGACUGUAUUCAAAGACAUAAGUCCGUUGAUUAUUCUCGUACACAAUCGAUAUAGAAGGCCGAAAGAGAAUGAAAAAAUUCGAAAUGAACUGGAGAAGGCUGUGCAUAUCAUAUGGAACUGCAGAUUACCAUCCCCAAGAUGUAUUGCACUUGAUGCUGUUGUCGAGACUGAACUAGUUGAUGCACUUCAAGUGUCAGUCUUCCCAGAAAUUAUCUUUACCAAAGCAGGGAAGAUCUUAUACCGUGAAAAAGCACUUCGAAAUGCAGAUGAAUUGUCAAAAAUCAUGGCAUUCUUUUACUACGGCGCAGCUAAACCUCCAUGCCUGAAUAGCAUAUCAGAUUCUCAAGAAGAAAUUCCUUCUGUUAGCAUUGAUAAUCCGGUAUCCUGAAAGAUUAAAGGACAAAGUUGUUAGAGUCAAAUGCUACAAUGUCUUCCUUUAAAAAUGUCUUUGCCAUUCAACCGUCGGUAAAAUAUGUUAAGUGAAUGUGUAGCCCCUCCGAUAACAUAUAAUCUGAUAGAAUAGCGUACAUCAUGGGCAAGAAAAUUCCUCGGGUGGACUGCUCGAUGCAUUCUGGUCGAAAGGUAGCCACAACAGGGAACGAGCAUAGGACUUAGUUAGCUGUGACUUGUGGCAAAAGAAAAGUUGAAGUUUGAGUAUGUUUUUUAGUGACCUGACUGAUGAGUUUGCUAAUGGAAGCAAAAGCAAUGUUGUAUACAUUUAGCACAGGUUUUUCCGAAAGAAAAAUGUUAGCUAGUUAUAAUUGUUUUGCCAAAAAUUCAUGUGGUUGUAAGAAAAUUCCAUUUCAUUAUGGUUUGUGUAAAUUUUUAGUUGGUUUGCAUGUAUCUAUUCUUUGUGGCAGAGGAGUAUCCCUGUCUUAACUUAUUUACUGUAGUAACUAGUUGUCGCCUCCCCUCAUAAGCGCAAUAGCGUCUUACCUCUGCAUUCAUCUUGAU